CAGGGUGGCCUUUAGCCAACAUCAGGAACCGCCUCGAACAUCCUCACAAACUCCAAUUCAAGAGGCGAUUCCUCAGACACACUCUUUCUAAAUUAACCAUUCCCUCGCCAGAGACGCAAGAACCCCGUGCAUCGACAUCCGCCAUGGCCGCCUCCAAUCUUCCCAAGUCCUCCUACUCCCUGUACAAGCCGCUCGGCGAUGGGCUCUUCCUCGUCCGGCGCUCCACCGACGGCGAGGUCCUGCUCGCCCGGCCCUUUGGCCCUGUCCCCGGCGAUGACGGCGACGACGGCGACGACGGCGACGCCACCGCCCUCCUGUCGGUGGUCAACCUCCUCAACCACGAGAACCUCAUCUCCAUCCACGACGAGCUUGUCAACGUCCCCGUCCACUUCCUCUCGGAGAAAGGUGGCAACGUAUUACCAGCAACAAUAGCAGGGACGACGACGACGACGACGACAUCGGCUACCGGCCCGCGGCGGAUGCUCCUCUGGGACUAUCCGGACGCCGGCACGCUGCGGGACGUGCUCGACGACUACGCACCGCGGGACGGCAACCACGGCAGCGGCAGUGGUGGUGGUGGUGACGGCUUCAUGCCGGAGUCGUUCGUCUGGCACGUCGCGCUGGGCCUGCUGCGCGCGCUGCAGUGGCUGCACGAGGGGAUCAGGGAGACGUACGGGGUCGUGGCCGCCGCUGUGGCUGAUAGUCCUGUUGAUGGUGAUGGUGGUGUUGGUGUUGGUGAUGGUGGUUGUGGGAGGAAGAGGAGGUGGAGGAGGGUCAGGGGCAGGAAGGAGGCCGAGAAGGACUGGAUGCCGGUCCUGCACCGGGAUCUGAGGGCGGACAACGUGUUCCUGCAGCAUCCGCGGGGCAUCGAGACGUACGGCGUCGUGAAGCUGGGCAACUUUGGGAGGUGUUUCGUGUCUGGAAGCGUGAGCGCGUCGAGGGAGACGCCCGUGGUGGCGAUGGAGGAGGAGGAGUAUAGCGCGGGGCUGGGAGCGUUGAGAGAGCGGAAGGCGAGGUGGGAUAGGUAUGGCACGGAUGUUCCCAAGUCCCAACGGCCCUACACCCCGGGAAGCGAGCUAUUUGCGGUCGGGGUGCUGCUAUACCGAAUGAUGAGCGGACGGGAGCUGCCGCCCGCCGAGGAGUGUCCCGAUUGCGGUUGCUUCCACAUCACCGGCGACGACGCAGCCGAGUACAACCCAUGCGAGCACGCCUGCGUAGAGGAUGUCAAUGUAGACUCCGUUCUCCAAGCCCUAUCCAACUACACGCGGGGUCUCAAGGGCGUGGUCAUGUUGCUCCUGCGGCUAAACCGCAACGACGAAUGGUCGGCAAGCAACGUGCUGGACAUGGCCUGGCCGGCGUACGAGGAGUGGGCAGCCAACACUGAGGACGGGCGGAUCUAUCGCGACAUCUUCGAUGACCUGUGGUUCCGCAGGCAGAACCAGAUCAGAUUGAGGAAGCGACGGCGAAGAGCGGAGGAGGAGGAGGAGGCGGACGAGGCGGAGAUGGAGCAGCAGCAGCAGCAGCAACGGAUGGAGCUGGAUGACAAUGUUCUAGUUGUCUAGGCGUCUCGGGGCGCAACCUGCCGUUUGCGUAUGUCCUUCUUUGCUUUUAUGUUCGUUGAAUUGGUUCAGCUCGAGAGCUUGAAACUAGUGUAGUUUGUCGCUGGUGUUGACUCCAAAAAAGAUUGUCAAAAAAACUACAAAUAAGAAAACAAGCUCAUAAACAAAGAAGAAUCAAGCACCAAGGGAUUUGUCUGCAUCUCUUCCUUUUUC